AUGACCGCUCCCUGGCGGCGCCUCCGGAGUCUGGUUUGGGAAUACUGGGCCGGGCUCCUCGUGUGCGCCUUCUGGAUCCCGGACUCGCGCGGGAUGCCCCACGUCAUCCGGAUCGGAGGAAUCUUUGAGUAUGCAGAUGGCCCCAACGCCCAGGUCAUGAAUGCUGAGGAGCAUGCCUUUCGAUUUUCUGCCAACAUCAUCAACAGGAACAGGACUCUGCUGCCCAACACAACCUUGACCUAUGAUAUCCAGAGGAUUCACUUUCACGACAGCUUCGAGGCCACCAAAAAGGCCUGUGACCAGCUGGCGCUGGGGGUGGUGGCCAUCUUCGGGCCAUCUCAGGGCUCCUGCACCAACGCAGUCCAGUCCAUCUGCAAUGCCCUGGAGGUGCCCCACAUUCAGCUACGCUGGAAGCACCACCCACUGGACAACAAGGACACCUUCUACGUGAACCUCUACCCCGACUACGCCUCUCUCAGCCACGCCAUCCUCGACCUGGUCCAGUACCUCAAGUGGCGAUCGGCCACCGUGGUCUAUGACGACAGUACAGGGCUCAUCCGACUGCAGGAGCUCAUCAUGGCCCCAUCGAGGUACAACAUUCGCCUGAAGAUCCGCCAGCUGCCCCUUGACUCCGAUGACUCACGCCCCCUACUCAAGGAGAUGAAGCGGGGCCGUGAAUUCCGCAUCAUCUUCGACUGCAGCCACACCAUGGCCGCCCAGAUCCUCAAGCAGGCCAUGGCCAUGGGCAUGAUGACAGAAUACUACCACUUUAUCUUCACCACUCUGGAUCUAUAUGCAUUAGACCUGGAGCCCUACCGCUACUCAGGGGUGAACCUGACAGGGUUCCGGAUCCUCAACGUGGACAACCCCCAUGUCUCGGCCAUCGUGGAGAAGUGGUCCAUGGAGAGGCUGCAGGCGGCUCCCCGGGCAGAGUCCGGCCUGUUGGACGGAGUGAUGAUGACUGACGCGGCCUUACUGUAUGAUGCCGUCCACAUCGUGUCUGUGUGCUACCAGCGGGCACCCCAGAUGACCGUGAACUCCCUGCAGUGCCAUCGGCACAAGGCCUGGCGCUUUGGCGGCCGCUUCAUGAACUUCAUCAAGGAGGCUCAAUGGGAAGGAUUAACUGGACGGAUUGUUUUCAACAAAACCAGUGGCUUACGGACGGAUUUUGAUCUGGACAUCAUCAGCCUGAAGGAGGACGGCCUGGAGAAGGUUGGGGUGUGGAGUCCUGCGGAGGGGCUCAACAUCACGGAGGUCGCCAAAGGCCGAGGCCCGAAUGUCACCGACUCUCUGACGAACAGGUCCCUCAUCGUCACCACCGUGCUGGAGGAGCCCUUUGUCAUGUUCCGGAAGUCCGACCGGACGCUGUGGAAUGACCGCUUCGAGGGCUACUGCAUCGACCUGCUGAAGGAGCUGGCCCACAUCCUCGGCUUCUCCUAUGAGAUCCGGCUGGUGGAGGACGGGAAGUACGGGGCACAGGACGACAAGGGCCAGUGGAACGGCAUGAUCAAGGAGCUCAUCGACCAUAAGGCAGAUCUGGCCGUGGCCCCCCUGACCAUCACCCACGUCCGCGAGAAGGCCAUCGACUUCUCCAAGCCCUUCAUGACACUCGGUGUGAGCAUCCUGUAUCGAAAACCCAAUGGCACCAACCCUAGUGUCUUCUCCUUCCUCAACCCGCUGUCCCCAGACAUCUGGAUGUACGUGCUCCUCGCCUACCUGGGUGUCAGCUGUGUCCUCUUUGUCAUUGCCAGGUUCAGCCCUUACGAGUGGUACGAUGCACAUCCCUGCAACCCUGGCUCCGAGGUGGUGGAAAACAACUUCACUCUGCUCAACAGCUUCUGGUUCGGCAUGGGGUCCUUGAUGCAGCAAGGGUCGGAACUGAUGCCCAAAGCCCUGUCCACGCGCAUCAUCGGCGGCAUCUGGUGGUUCUUCACGCUCAUCAUCAUCUCCUCCUAUACGGCCAACCUGGCCGCCUUUCUGACCGUGGAGCGCAUGGAAUCUCCCAUCGACUCUGCUGAUGACCUGGCCAAGCAAACCAAAAUCGAGUAUGGGGCUGUCAAAGACGGGGCCACCAUGACCUUCUUCAAGAAAUCCAAGAUCUCCACCUUUGAGAAGAUGUGGGCCUUCAUGAGCAGCAAGCCCUCGGCGUUGGUGAAGAACAACGAGGAAGGCAUCCAGAGGACCCUGACGGCCGACUAUGCGCUGCUCAUGGAGUCCACGACCAUCGAGUACGUCACCCAGAGGAACUGCAACCUUACGCAGAUCGGGGGCCUCAUCGAUUCCAAGGGCUACGGCAUUGGCACACCCAUGGGCUCCCCGUACCGGGACAAGAUCACCAUUGCCAUCCUGCAGCUGCAGGAGGAAGACAAGCUCCACAUCAUGAAGGAGAAGUGGUGGCGAGGCAGCGGGUGUCCCGAGGAGGAAAACAAAGAGGCCAGCGCCCUGGGCGUCCAGAAGAUCGGGGGCAUCUUCAUCGUCCUGGCCGCCGGGCUGGUCCUGUCCGUGCUGGUGGCCGUGGGCGAGUUUGUGUACAAGCUCCGCAAAACAGCGGAGCGAGAGCAGCGCUCCUUCUGCAGCACCGUAGCCGACGAGAUCCGUUUUUCCCUCACCUGCCAGCGUCGGGUCAAGCACAAGCCGCAGCCUCCCAUGAUGGUCAAGACUGACGCUGUCAUCAACAUGCACACAUUCAACGAUCGCCGGCUUCCGGGCAAGGACAGCAUGGCCUGCAGCACACCAUUGGCCCCUGUAUUCCCCUAAGCACAGGUGGGGUGGGGACCGAAGGCCUGGGGGCAGGGCAGAGGAAAGCAAAGGAGACUGGAAGGCACCUCCCCCGUGCCCACACUGGGCUUGGGGACCAGGGCCGUUGCCUGCCUGCUGGGCCAGGAGCCUUCUGCCCUUACCUACCAGGAGACCAGCAGGCCCCCACUUGCCUCUCAUUUCUUCUGUGGGUUUCUAAAGCUGCCAGCCGAGACAGCCAAGGCCAAAGGAAGCACAUGCCUCUCAGGCCAAACUCACCUGCCCCUCAAUUCUCCUCAACAGUCAGAAGUUUCUACCACGGCCCUGCAGAGGCCAAAGAAAAUGAGAAACGGCUCUUAUAUUGCCACUCUUUCCCCAUGAGCCCAGGCCUCCUGGGCCUUGACCGUGAGACCAGAGACAAACCUUGGGUACUUUAAGGGUUGUAGUGUGGCAGCCAUUGGGAGCUGAAGAUGGG